ACAUACACUUUCCACUCGCACUUGCAGUGGUUGUCUCGCGGCGCUGCCUCGGCGGAGCAAAGCGGAGAGUCGAGCGGAGGUCGCCCGUGCUGAGCAGAGACGAUGAACUUCUGAAGUGCCACCAUUAACCCGAAAUAUGUCAGCAUCAGCCAUGACGACCACCGCUUUUCGCGCGGGCCUUCUCUUCUGCUGCCUCCAUAACGUCGUCGCGGGAGAACAGCUGGCCACACCCCACAACGUUACCAUGGUGACGCUGAACACCAAUUACACGCUGAGCUGGGACUGGGACGAGGGCGCCGCAGAGAGUCAUGCUGUCACCUUCACCACCCAAUACGUGCCGAGGUUCAAGCUGAAGUUCAAGAGUGUGAACUGGAAUGUGGUGUGCAACAACGCUUCACCCAGGUCAUGUGACCUGACGCACGUCAACCUGCACUUCAAGGGCAUCUAUGUGCUUCGUGUCCGAGCAAACCUGAAGAACACACACUCCAACUGGGUGCAGAAGGAGUUCUGCCCUGAUAAAGAUGCUGACGUGGGUCCUCCGAGCAGAGUGGACCUGGCUCCUGCCGGAGGCCUCCUGGACGUCAUCAUCAAAGACCCCCUGUCCUCCACCAACACGUCCAUGAAGGAGCUGAUUCAAGAUCUGUACUACCAGAUCGUCUACUGGGAAGACUCUCCAGACGCACAGGCCUCAGGAAUUCAGACGCUGAGCAGCCAAGCCAACGUGGUGACGCUGCCGAACCUGAAGGCCUGGACCAUGUACUGUGUGAGAGUCCAGUCUGGCACCACCUUCUACAACAAGAGCAGCAGCUUCACCUCACCGCAGUGCAGGCAGACCGAAGGUGUGACUCCCUGGUGGCUCAUCUUCUUGUGCUUCCUGGGUUCUCUGGGGAUCUGCUUCAUCAUCAUGCUGGUCGCGAUCUGUGGCUUCUAUAGCAUCUACAAGAUGGUGAAGGCAGUGUUCUUCCCUCGCACUCAGCUGCCCCCACACUUUCAGGAGCUUCUGUGUGACUCCCCUGACUCGGACAUCCCUCGCCUCCUCACGUCGGAUUCUGAGUCUGAGCUCUUGUGCGAUAAGGUGAUCAUCUGUCCAGAGUCGGUCCUGGAAGUCCACCAUGCCCCAUCAGGCCUGGAGCCAGACAGCAGUGGCAGACACAGCCGGCAGGACAGCAGCAGCAGCAGAGACUCGGGAGUUUACUCCACAGGGGGCAGCUCGGGGCUGCAGCAGCCCAGCAGCGGCCUCACCUCCGCAGGUCCCGAGACCUCCUCCAUCCCCGGUCAGGGCUGCCUGGGUGUGGAGCAGAUGAAGAUGCAGGACUUGGCUCCAGGGCUCAAGAGCCGACCUGCCGUCGCGGACGAGGGAGUCGUGGACAUGUUCAUGUGAGGGCUCGGGAAGAGCGUGAAGGGAAGACAGAGGUUUGUGCCUUCCCCCGCCCCGCUGACGAGCAACAGACGCACCAGGAGGUGAUCUGCUGAGGUGUCACUCCAAUGACGUCUCGCUGCCAAUAAGGAAGUGCAGCCGCUGCUGGUUUAAGUUUGCUGCACGUUAGGACUGCAGAGAAGUUGGACGUUUUGACUGUAACUUCUCCAAUGAAAAACUGCCUCAGGAGGCUUUGAAGUCAACAUAGUACAAAUAUCAAACUGUUCUCAAAAAAUAUUAAAUAAUGGAGUGCAAUGGCAUCUUUAAUUGUUUUAUGUAUCCGAAAUGAAUAUUUAACACUUUUUAAAAAAUUCAAAUAAUCAUUCUGGAAAAUUCACAAAAUAUCUUUGAGUAGAUGUGAGGUGUUUUUUAUGCAGGACCAAUUAACGAUGUGAGCAAAGCUCGUUAAUACUGAACACAAUCAAAAGUGAAAACUAGUGGAGCUUUUGAAAUUUUCUUUGUUCAGAUCAAAACUUGUCUACUUUUAUUCACUUGAUUACUGUGAAACAUUGUGACCCCGCUGAGGGAGCUCGGAGCCUCAGCUCUGCGUCGAGGUCCUGACAGUCCUGCAGGGACCCCGUUGGUUCGGCUGCACUGUGGGACUCUGACUGCUGCUCGUUAUGUGGCCCCUCAUCAGUUCGAAUGGGGCGGACAAAAUAACAGAAACACCUGCAGCAGGCUGGAGCCAGCAGGUGUAGUCUGUCUGCCUGAUGGCUGAGGUACUGAGCGGCGUUACUGCAGUAACCGCAGCGUAGCGCAGUACAGGUCGGCAGCGAAGGCGGCGCUGGUCGCUGCGAGGGGAGACGUCUUUGUUGUGUCAUUUAACUUUUUGCUGAAACGUCUCAUUUCAGAGAAUUUAAACUUCAAAACAAGUUGCAUCAGGCCUCAUGCUGAAAUCUUUCUGUGUUUCAACUACGGAAAUGAAGUAAACAUAUUUCUCUUAUCGGCAGCCAACAUUAUGAAAGCUCAGAUUUGUUUUUCUCACCAACAAUAAGCUUGUGUUAAAGGUUAAAAAAGCUUGUAUUGUUUAAUCUCCUACAGCCUCUGCCAUGUUUGUUUUUCUUUGCUCUUAUGACGUUUUAUUUGUCUCAAAGACUUUUUCCUCAUAUGUUUUUUAUAAUGUUUUAUUUUUGUUCAUCUUGUGGGCAUUUUUAUGUUCUUGAGAGAGAAACGUGGUCGUUUGGAAGAGAUUGAAUUGAUGCGCUUGCAGCUCGGCAGUCGACCGCAGGUCUUCCUGCGUCUUCACGCAUGUUUUACCUCACGCGUUUAUCCACGUCUGCUCUGCUAAGCAGCUUUCAUCGCUUCUGUCUGCUUCACAACAACAGACUCGUAAAUCAUAAAUUCUUUGGCGUACGGCGGACAUUUAGAGGCGGCGAGUGUUGCGAGGAAACCUUUGGAGCUGGUAGAAAACCAGUCCGGUUUGUGAUGAAAUUUCCUCAAGCUCGGCUUUCUUUGUUGCCUCAACAUUUUGCCUGUCUGUUGUCACGUCUGUUGUCACGUCUGUUGCAACUGUGCAUAAACACACAGCUUCGCUAUGUGCUGGUCGAGUGUGUGUUGCCAAAGCAGUGAUGAUGUCAGCGUCUGUCUCACGUCCACCAUCUGCUGUGUCCACCCACACGGACAGCCGUAUAGUGUAAUAAAGCACCUCUUGUGCCAAA